GUGUUGAUCGUUUCGCAGGUAGGUAUCUCCCUCCUUUCACAAGAUCGAAUAUGACAUCCGAAUGAUAUAAGAUCUCGUAUCGCAGAUCUCGCGCCGGAAAGAGCAAAGAAAGGAGUUCGUUCGUAUGAUAGAGCCGAUGACGAGGAGUAAAGGCCGUCUUAUCUCCUCCCCACGGAUUCGGUUCAGUUCAGUACAGGUCAGGUCAGGUGAGGUCCAAGUCCAAAAGUAUCAGGAUCCUUCGCGCACGCUCGAUCGCUGCCCGACACACGCACACACGCAAAGCGAGGGUCCUGCCAACCGCGCAAGGCGGGAGGGGGAGAGAGAGCCAUCGAGAUCUAUAUAUAUGCAUGCAGCGCUGCAUAGCAGAGUAGAGCAGAGCAGAGCAGAGGAUCGCAAGCCAUGGAUCCCCUGCGCCCGCGUAACACAACCUCGUGCAUAUCCGGCCCCGUCCACGCGCCUCGCAUCUUGCAGGCUCGACCGGCCGGGCGAAGGAUCUCAGGACGAUGUUAGAGCCUUGGAAGGGGAGACGAGAUGCGCUUUUCCCGUGGGCGGACGCGUGCGGGCGGGCGUGGGCUUCGGAUUCCCGCACCCCGACGAAUCAGGCUGGGACACGUCCGUCCCCGCAUGGCUUGCUCGCUGGCUUUGCUUGCUUCAUGCGCAGCUGGCGCCAGUUUUUGCCUCGUCGUGCAUGGAUGAGGGAAGGGAAGCUUGAAAGCUUGAGGGAGAGUUUGGAAUUGGGCGAUGACAAUAAUAUCGCAAAGAGUUGAGGAGAGAAGAAGGUCUAAAUAGUAAUACAUCGGACAUUUAGAUGACAAGAAAGCAGGGAAGGAUAUAUACAUGCAUAGAUUCGAACAGUGCAAGAAAAGAAAAAGCCAACAGAAUCCAUCCAUCGCCUCACUCAUUCAU